AUGGUGAAGCAAACAAAUCCAGGAUCAGUUGUAAGCUUACAAAGAAAUGUGGAUCAUACUUUUCUUUAUGCAUUCAUGUCACUUAAUGCAUCAAUAAGUGGAUGGAGUCACUGUAUGCCUAUUAUGGUUGUUGAUGCUACAUUUUUGAAAGGACCAUUUGGAGGUUCUCUGUUUUCAGCUUCAACUCUUGAUGCAGCAGGAAAAAUCUUCCCUCUUGCCUUUUCAAUAACAGAUUCAGAAAAUGAUGCAUCUUGGAAUUGGUUUUUUAGACAAAUCAAAACUGUUUUUGGUGUAAGGGAAGGAAUGUGUAUAAUUUCAGACAGACAUAUGAGUAUUAAAAAUGCAAUAGAAAGUGUUUUUGCUGGAGAAGUUCAACAUGAUAUUUGCUUAUAUCAUUUACUAAGUAACGUGAAAAGCAGAUUUAAAAAGGAUCAGAAGACAAUUAAAGACCUGUUCAAAGCAGCAGCAAGAGCUUAUACAAAGGAAGAAUUCAAUACUCAUAUGGCAGAAAUGAGCAACGUAAAUCCAGGAGUUACAGCUUAUCUCAAAGAUGCAGGUUUUGAAAGGUGGGCAGUUUCACAUUCUGUGAACAAAAGAUACAACAUAAUGACUUCAAAUACUGCUGAGUCAUUUAAUGCAGCAGUAAAUAGAGCACGAGAAUUACCAGUUACGAUGCUUAUGGAAUACUUGAGAAAUUUGGUUCAAAGGUGGAGCUACAAGAACAGAAAUAUUGCUAAAGGAACCUUUACAAAAUUGUCUUCAAAAUAUGAUGCUGUCCUAAGGCAAAACUAUUUAGAUUCACUCAAAAUAGAGGUAGAGCCAUCUAAUGAUGACAUAUACACUGUUACUGAAAAUGGUGAUACCUCUACUGUUAACAUCAAGGAAAAAUCUUGUACAUGCAACAGAUAUCAAGAAGAAAUGAUCCCAUGUAAACAUGCUGCUGCUGUAUUAAACUACAAACAUCAAGACCCAACUGAAUAUUGCUCAAAGUACUUCACAAAUGAAGCAAUGCUUGCUACAUAUGCACAAACUGUAUACCCAGUUCCUAAAGAAGAAACAUGGGAAGUCACUGCAGAGGUUGAGGAUAUCAUUGUCUUACCUCCUAUAGGGAGAACUAAGCCAGGAAGACCAAAAAAGAGAAGAAUAAAAGGAGCAGAAGAACAAAAGAAUCAAAACAAGUGCAGCAGAUGUGGAUAUUAUGGACAUAAUCGUAAAACUUGUAAAAAUAUUCCAAAAAACAGAUAG